ACUCACAAUUUUCAUGGCCAAACCACCCACUUAUUUUCAGCCAAACAUAUCCUUAAGGUGGUUGUUUUUCUGUGUGGGCGCUCGCGCUCUACACUUCUACCCCUGUUAGCAACAUAAUAUCCUUAAAUUUUCAAAGACACUUUUGGCAAUUCUUUUCACAUGGUCCCGUCCCCGUCAUUGUGUCCCUUGUGCACCACACAAAAAAGGAAACUCCACUCCGUAGUCUUUUUCCUCUUUUACCAUUUUAUGUCACGAUUACUCUCAACUUUGAGAAAAGCAAAUAUAACAAAGACAGUAUUACUCCAUUGUUAAAAGCACCAGCCUCCCAACAUACUCAAAACAUAGCCUUCAUUUUCUUUACCCCAUUUCUCCCAUGCUUCUCAUCAUCUUACUUUGAUCAAUUUCUUUAAAAUCCUUCAAUUUUUUCCCCUCUUUUCCUCACAAUUAGCUUCUUGAAUACUCAAAAACAGCCAUUCUGUUGUCUUUUUCCUAACUUUAUGAGCUAAGGACCAGUUUCUUGAAUAAUCAGAACCAGCCAUGUUACUCUACUAAAUGCUUCAAAAUUUCCAUCUUUUCUUCAACUUUGAGCUCAAAAGAAUUGCUUGAAAUGCUUCAAAAGUUCCAUUUUUACUUCAAACUUUGAGCUCAAAAAAGUUACUUGAAAUGCUUCAAAAGUUCCAUCUUUAUUUUUCAAUCUUUGAGCUCAAAAGAGUUUCUUGAAAUGCUUUCCUUCAAUCUUUGAACUCAAAAGUGUUUCUUGAAAUGCUUUAAAAGUUCCAUCUUUUUCUCAUUCUGUGCUAAAAGAUAAUUAUUUUUUUUCGGAUAAAGGGGUACUGAAAAAGUGCCAAACUUUUAAUGCAGAACAUAAAGAAUGCCACAAUUUUUCUUAGUUAUCUCAAUCUGUGAGCUGAAAGACACUUUUUUGGGUAAAGGGUGCUGGAAAGUUUCAACUUUUUAACACUUCUCAUCUUGAAUUUUGAUGAAUUUCCUUAAAUUCUCGAUCUGUAAACUGAAGGACAGAUUUUUGGUUAGUGGGUGUUGAUAAAUGCCUAAUCUUGGAGCUAAUACAGCUGACACGGAGGCAAAUGUUAGUGUCCAUAAUGCCGAUUCCCGCCGGCACCGUGGCCGUCGUCAACGACAACGGCCAUCCAUGGCGGCGGGCAGUGAGACAACAACUGAUGGGAGUUUCCACUUGACUGAUUCUGAAUCUGACCAGUCUUGGCACUCGCCUUUAUGCUCUAUGGAUGGUAUUUCAGUACAUUGUGAUGAAGAGAUUGAUUUGGAGAGUGGUGAAUUGGAGAUGAAGUUGCUUGAUAGUAAUAAAGAAGAGAGGGAUUGUAGGAUUUGUCAUUUGAGUUUGUUGAAAAGUGGAGGGAUUAGUACUGGUGGAGACCAAGUACAAGAGACUUCAGUAGGGAUGGCUAUUGAAUUGGGAUGUUCUUGCAAAGGUGACUUGGCUGCUGCUCACAAGCAAUGUGCUGAGACUUGGUUCAAAACCAAGGGAAACACAAUUUGUGAAAUCUGUGGUACCAAUGCAUUGAACAUUGCUGGAGAGCUGACAAAUGAAGCUAAUACUGCUGCAGUAGCCACUCUUGCAGCAUCCGCAGCACCUGUAGCUUUUUCUGAAACCAGAAGCUUUUGGCAUGGGCGUCGUGUCAUGAAUUUUCUACUUGCAUCCAUGGUUUUUGCCUUUGUCAUCUCAUGGCUUUUUCACUUCAAUAUAUUGCCGUAGAUGCUACUGAAGAUUGUGCUGGCAGCUAUAACGUGGUCUUUGUUAUGUGGAUUCAGCAUGACUGUCAUUCUACCGCAACUCCUCCUUCAUCCGGGCUUAUGAUUUGUAGAUAUGUUUUCUUAACUCGCAACAUUAACAGCUCCACCCAAGGAAAUUUCUGAUGCUGAGCUACAUGCCUACAUCUAGGCAGAGGAAUAUUCAGAUAUGUUCUUAGUUACACAAGUUUAUGAAAGAUUGGAAGGUAUCUGGCAUCCAGUGUAGGCUAUGUGGUAAACAUGUCGAUAUAUAUAUAGGGUUUCAGCCAUUAACUUCCCGAUCUUGUAUCGAUGAUGAUUAUUGGCUAGAAUAGAAGAUAGAUGAUGAUUAUUGGCUAGAAUGGAAGAUAGUUUUGUUCAUCUUUAAAGUUCUUCCCAGCUACUGUAUCUACGUAAGUAUGUAUAGAAGACUACAAGUACGUCGACAAAGCAGUGUGUAUCAUCCUUGAAAUUUCUGUACAAACGUCACAUGGCUCUUGGUUGAAGUGUAGCUAUGUUAAUUGUGUUAGCACCUAAACAUUUUCUUUGAUAACAGUGCGUUCAGGCCAGCUUAGGCUCAUCUUGAUUA